GUCUGCAUCUGCAUCCUUGUCCCUGUUCACAUCCUCUCCACUCCUCGUCCCAGGUCCUGCCUUCUCGUCGUCAAGAUGGCUGCUGCAAUCAAGGCAAUCAAUGCGAAGAUCCGGUCUAACAAGGCCCUGGAUUACUUCUGCUCCACCCACUUCUGGGGCCCUGCCUCCAACUUCGGUAUCCCCGUUGCGGCUGUGAUGGACACCCAGAAGGAUCCUGAAAUCAUCUCCGGCAAAAUGACUGGUGCUCUCGUCAUCUACUCGGGUACCUUCAUGCGCUACGCUCUCGCCGUCUCCCCCGCGAACUACCUCCUGUUCGCUUGCCACGCCAUCAACUUCUCCGCCCAGCUUACCCAAGGAUACCGCUACCUGAACUACUGGAACUGGGGAGGCCGUGAAGCCAAGCUCGCCGCCGCCGCCCAGGAGGGCAAGGCGGCCACUGAAGCUGGCGCUUAAGGGUAGCCGACAUCACUGCUAUCCGUUCCCGCUUCUCCCCCUUACAUUCCUCCUCAUUUCGCUUGCUGCGCAGCUUAUCAAUACCUCAUAUAUCAUCCGCAGUAUCUACCUGCCUACCUAUCUACCCUACAUAGACAGAUACUAUAAUGUCAUGAAACAAGUGGUCAUGGCCAACGGGAAAACAGUUGCGAAGUACGCGUCUCCGAUUCGAUUUGAAUUAGAUACAAAGAUGGUGGCGAUUGUGCUUUUCCUUUUCACGGUCAGUGAACUCUGACUGCUUGUGUUAUGGCUGCCGUUGGCAUUGGUGGGCCCAUCUGGGCUGGGCUGGGGCUGUCAUUGAAUAUAUGAGGCAUAUAUGUAUCUAGCAGCUCUGCAUGGCGGUUCUAUCUGUAUAUAGCUUUUUCUGCGAAUCAAUAGGUUUAGACCUCAU